CCUCGCAAUGCUCUUCCAGGUGGGCACAGGGGUCUAUGCUGAGUCCCAACCACUUUCUUACAGUCUGUCAUCUCUGCAGUCUGUACCUGUUAAUGGCCAUUAUACAUGCUGUGGGUGAAAGUGCCCACAGUAAUUGCAAAUUGCACCACUCAAAAAUAAUUCUAAAAUUUAUUUUACCACUGUGGCCAUGAGCAGAGAUGUGUAGUUAGUGGCAGGGCCUUCACCACGAUCACUUACACUUCUCUUGAUAACAGCAUACAAAGUAAGUACAACAGCAGUGUUCGGAGCAACAGGUUUGGCCUUUAAUAGUGCUUCAUUUGAUGUGUGAAUUUAGGUACUUUUGCCUAGACUUACAAUCUAUAUUAUUAUUAUUAUUAUUGAUAAUAAUUAGGAGUAGAUACUUUUUAAGAAAUUUAUAUAUAAUCUCAUAUUUAGUCCUAGAACUCCUCUUGGUACAGUUUUUUUCUCUGCAUUUUUAACAUAAGAAAAUAAAGGCAAAGAAUUUCAUAUAUCUUGUACAAUGUCAUAUAGCUAAUUAUUCAUAAAGCCUAAUUUUGAACUUAAUCUGAUGCAGGAGGAUCCCACAUUUUUAGCCACUGUCUCUGAUGUCCACUUAUUCCCUAGGCCUCAGCAUCAAACAUGACUUAAUUUUCCUCAUUCCUAAACAUCUGAACACAAACUAAAAGUUCAUGUAAACAAUCCGUCAGAAAAAUUUUCCAAGAGCAAUCUUGUGCUUUCUUUACAAUGCUGUCAAAAUCACUCAGUGUGGUGUAGUGUUGGCCCUCACUAAAUCUCAAUUUGAGCUCCUACUGCAUUAAUUACAGUUGUGUAUUUGGUCUUUACAGCCAUCUUUACAGUGGAUGUUGCAGAUGAUCAUCUUUUUGUUUGAAGUGGCUGCCGCAAACCCAGGUCAUGACAGAAAACAAAAAUGUUUACUGAAUAAUAGUGACAUGUAAAGAGAACUAAUGCAAUGAAAAAAAUUCUUUGAAGGAAAUAGACCUAUAACUCCCAUGCCUUUUUGUACUAUUUCUAGGGGAAGCCCUUAUAAAUGGACUUGAGAAACGACAGCACUGUCACAGAGUUCAUCCUCCUUGGACUGUCUGCCAACCCUCACAUUCGGGCUCUGCUCUUUGUGCUGUUCCUGGGGAUAUACCUUCAGACCAUCAUGGGAAACCUGAUGCUGUUGAUGGUGAUCAGGGCUGAUUCUCACCUCUACACACCCAUGUACUUUUUCCUGAGUCACCUUUCUUUCGUUGAUAUGUGCUUCUCUUCAGUCACUGUGCCCAAGAUGCUGGAGAAUCUCCUGUCUCAAAGGAAAACUAUAUCACUGGAGGGUUGCCUGGCUCAGGUCUUCUUUGUGUUUGUUGCUGCAGGCACUGAAGCCUGCCUGCUCUCAGUCAUGGCCUAUGACCGCUAUGCUGCCAUCUGCCACCCUCUGCUCUAUGGACAGAUUAUGAGUAAACAGCUUUGUAUGCAGCUUGUGUGGGGCUCAUGGGGCCUGGGCUUUCUGGAUGCAUUUAUCAAUAUCUUCCUAGCUAUGAACAUCAUCUUCUGUGAGGCUAAAAUCAUCCCUCACUACAGCUGUGAGAUGCCCUCUCUCCUUGCUCUAUCCUGCUCUGAUAUCUCCAGGAACCUCAUUGCCUUGCUCUGUUCCACUCUUCUGCAUGGGCUGGGGACCUUCCUUUUGGUCUUCUUAUCCUAUGCUUGCAUUAUUGGCACCAUCCUGAGCAUCAGCUCCACCUCAGGCAGAAGCAAGGCCUUUUCCACCUGCUCUUCCCACCUCACUGCAGUAACACUUUACUUUGGCUCAGGUUUGCUCCGCCAUCUCAUGCCAAAUUCAGGUUCCCCUGUGGAGUUGAUCUUCUCUGUGCAGUAUACUGUGGUCACUCCCAUGCUGAAUCCCCUCAUUUACAGCCUGAAAAACAAGGAGGUGAAGGCAGCUCUGAAAAGAACUUUGGAAAAGUAUUUGCAACAUAUCAGGUGCAUAAAUGAAAAUGAAAGAUGGUGGCGAGUUAGAAUAAAUCUGCAUAUUAAAGGACAUUAG